AGAUUAUGGUGCUUUAAGACGAAGCGACCAGUCAUUUUCUGCUGGCUUCUUAAAUCUCCGUCCUGUUUCUGUCCGUUAAGAUUUAUUCACAUUUCUCAAGGAUCGCGACAGACUUCUUUUGUUUUUUCCUUCGGUUUUCUCUGAGCGCGCAGGCUCAAAUCCCGCUCUGGUGCCGUUGGACUGAGGGAGGCGCAUCAGCUGGUGGCAGGGAACCCGGAGCUCCGCGUCUGGACCCGAGCCAAAAGCUGUCUGGUGUCAAACCAGCCCGAACAGAUACGCCGAGACAUCUCAUUUCUUCCCUUCAUUCCUGAAGCGGCAGCCUGCCCACCCCUUGUGUAAAGUAUUUGAACCUGAUAGCUCAUCACCCGUCUGUCCCCUGCGUGAGGAUCUCUGCGGGGCUAUAAGACGCUCUGCGGAGCCUUCCUCCGGCAGAUCCCCCAUGGCUUUUACGCGCAGAUCGCCCUUGCUCUCACUUCUCUGUACUUCAGACUUUAUUUGUUGACCCACCGACUUUUUUUUUUUUUAAUAAUUAUAUAUAUAUCCAUUUUCAAAUGUUUCUUCCAUCCAUGGAAAUGCUCCGUGCAUAUCCAUAAAGAACCAAAUUCUGCUUAAUAUGAACUUUUUGCCAAGUGGAAUAUGUUUCUUUCUAUCGGCAGCAACCUGCUGGCUGACGGCCAAGGUCGAUGCGUCCUGGUGGUACAUGGGCACCCUGGGUUCCCAGGUGAUGUGCGACAACAUCCCCGGCCUGGUGAACAAACAGCGCCAACUCUGCCGCCAGCACCCCAAGGUAAUGCAGGCCAUCGGGGCCGGGAUGAAGGAGUGGAUCUCUGAGUGUCAGCACCAGUUCCGUAACCACCGCUGGAACUGCAACACAACAGCCAGGGACCACAACUUGUUUGGCCGUCUGCUGCUACGCGGCAGCCGAGAAGUUGCCUUUGUGUACGCCAUCUCCUCUGCAGGAGUGGUGUAUACUUUGGCCCGAGCUUGCAGCCAGGGCGACCUGGACAACUGCUCCUGUGACCCCACCAAGAAGGGCUCAUCACGGGACUCCAAGGGCUCCUUCGACUGGGGAGGCUGCAGCGAUCAUGUGGAGCACGCCAUUCACUUCAGCCAAAUCUUUGUGGAUGCCAAGGAGAGGAAAGAGAGGGAUGCCCGAGCGCUCAUGAACCUGCACAACAACAGAGCUGGCAGGAAGGCAGUGAAGCGCUUCAUGACUCUACAGUGUAAAUGCCAUGGCGUCAGUGGCUCGUGCAGCGUCCGUACCUGCUGGCAGGCUAUGGCCGACUUCCGUCGCACUGGUGACCACCUGAGGAGGAGAUACAACGGAGCUGUGCAGGUCGCAGUCAAUCAGUAUGGAACUGGCUUUACAGCCGCGCACACACACUUCAAACGGCCCAGCAAAAAUGAUCUGGUCUACCUGGAAGACUCGCCAGACUACUGUAUACGGGACCCUCAGUCAGGGUCGAUGGGCACGGCGGGCCGGCUCUGCAGCCGGGCGUCCCGCGGCUCGGACGGCUGCGAGGUAAUGUGCUGCGGCCGAGGCUACGACACGGCGCGGGUCAGCCGCACCACCAAGUGCGAGUGCAAGUUCCACUGGUGCUGCUCCGUCCACUGCAGAGACUGCCAGCAGCUGGUGGACGAGUUCACCUGCAAGUCCCAGACAUAGUGGGAGCUGCUGCUGCCGUCAGGACGGAUGUGUUCAUGCUAACCGGAGCUCUUAAUAUAUUUCUAGAUAGACUUCAGUCACUGUCUGCUGCUCCUGCUAAUGCUGGCUCUAAGAAACGUCUCAUUCCUCGACCCGAAGACCAUCAGACCAGACUGAUGAAACUAAAGUAUUUCAACUUUUUCA